AUGGGGCCCACCAAAUGUGCGGUUCCUCUGGAACUGGCAAUUCGUAUCACGCUAAAACCGAUAACAACUAGAAGACCUCCGCCCAUCUUCACCCGGGGCUCCAAUCGAUUCGGUCGGGAGAUCGUUGGGCGGUGUCCAGCGUGGCUUGUCGCGAACUGUGGUCGUUUGAGAGCGCCUUGCGUGUUCAACCCGAUGCACUUCAAUUUCGUCGGCGACGAUGCUUUGCUUGCUUUGGCUGACAAAUGCCCUCGGCUCUCCACGCUGCAUCUCGUUGAUCCUGCGGCGGACCAGGUUCAGGAUUCGGAUCCUGGGCAGGAUUCUGGAAUCAGCGCCGCGGCGCUGCGGAGUUGCUUUAUGUCGCUGCCGUGGCUUGAAGAUCUCACGCUGGAUUUGUGUGAGAGCGUUGCGGAUGCUGGGCCGGCGCUGGAGGUUCUCGGCAAUAGAUGCCCCAGGAUCAAAACCCUGAAGCUGGGUAGAUUUCAGGGUAUUUGUAGAGCUGCUGGAUUGCAUCUCGAUGGGGUUUCAGUCUGUGGAGGGCUUCAGUCUUUAAGCAUCAAGAAUUCCGGGGAUCUCACUGAUGCCGGACUCUACACCAUCGCUCGAGGAUGCCGCAGGCUGUCGAGGUUUGAGAUUCAUGGUUGCGGUAACGUGACAGAGAUAGGGAUUGCGAAAGAUGGCCGGCGUGCCUCGCGCUCGACUAUCGUUGAUGUGAAGAUCUUCCGGUGCCCGGGGCCUAGCAGCAGGUCGAUGGAGAAGAGAGAUGAGCUCACUGUUGAUGAUUCGAUGAUGCUGAAUUCUGUGAAGUUGAUUGCAGCAACGGUGGUUUCUGGUCCCCCGUCGUGGGAAAGGCUGCGGUACCUAUCGCUCUGGCCCGCAGGCGAAGUCCUUAGUCCUGCCAAACGCUGAGCGUCCGACUUCUGCCCUGAACUCGAAGAGAUCAGCAUCAAAAUUGAAGGAGAUUGUCGAACUUGUCCUCGACCAUCGCAGCCAUUUUUUGGGUUAACAUGCCUAUCGAUUUAUGACAAGCUUUCGAAAAUGAAGCUCGACUGUGGUGACGCAAUUGGGUACGCGUUCACCGCGCCAAUGGGCCACAUGGAUCUGAGCUCAUGGGAGAGAUUCUAUCUCAACGGGAUCGGGAGUUUGGAAAGCCUAUACGAGCUCGAUUACUGGCCGCCGCAGGAUCGGGAAGUGAACCAGAGGAGUCUGUCGCUUCCAGCAGCCGGACUGAUCCAGGGGUGCGCUGGGUUGCGGAAGCUGUUCGUUCAUGGGACGGCGCAUGAGCACUUCAUGAAGUUUUUCCUCAAGAUUCCGGGGCUUAGAGAUGUGCAGUUGAGGGAGGAUUACUAUCCCGCGCCGGAGGAUGAUAUGAGCACGGAGAUGAGGGUGGAUUCUUGUAGUAGGUUUGAGGAUGCAUUGCAUGGGAGGGGGAUUCCUGAUUAGCGAAGGGGAGAGAGGUGAACACUUUGCCGGCGGAGUUUGAUUGUACGUUGGUUCUUUUGUUGUCGGUCGUGUAUGCGGAUAAGUAUAUAUAUGUAACUGUGAGGGGAUGAAGAUCAGUGAGUUUGUAGUAAUAAGAUGAAUCUUGUCCUCAUUGAAUCCUUGGAGAAAUAGAAUGUUCGCCGAAA